AUGAGGGUGCCGGUGUUGCUUCAGAUUGUCCUGCUGUACAUCUCCCUCGCUGUCGCGCGGAAGUACUGUACCCGGACGUUCCACUCUUGUGAGUCUCGCACCGCAUGCCCGAAUCACUCGGUCGCGACGGUACUAACUGGUCUUGGUGCUUAUCUAGCGAUCGUCAACAACCAGACGUUGUUCAUUGACGGCGGGGAGGUCCGCUAUGUCGAAGCGAAUGAUAGCAUCGCCGCGUAUGCGAUCCGCGAUCUGCAAUCCAUCGACGCCUCGAAGUCCUUCUCGAAUACCGACUCCGAUCUGUUCACUAUCAUCGAGAAACCGUAUAAUGCGUCCGAUCCGGACGCCUAUCCGACAUUUCUCGAUGAGGGGUCCUCGUUCAACGACGGCGAGAAUCUGUAUUUCUAUGGUGGAUAUAUAAGUGGUCGGGACGGACCGAAGGAGGUCCCGCCUGUCGAGACGUGGAAGUACAACAUCCAGGGCAACAACUGGACGCGCGAUGGAUUUGGGGGCGUGCCGCUUGUUCGUCUGGCUGAAGGAGGGGCUGUAGUGUCGCAAAAUCAGAAUAAGGGGUACUAUUUGGGCGGCAUCGAAGACCCUGGCGGCAAUCCGACUGUUUAUGGUACGCCGGACGCCGAUGUCCAGAUCGUUAGUGGCUUGUUGGUACUUGAUCAGUCCACGCUCACGUGGUCGAACCUGUCGACGGAGGAGAUGAAUGACUAUGGGACGAUUGGAGCGGGGUAUGUGAAUAUCCUUGACGAUGUUGGCGACGAAGGACUGCUGGUGGCGUUCGGCGGGUAUAAGUAUCCUGUUGGGAGUAAGCUUUCCUUGCUAUGUGCCGAGCAGAAGAAUGCUACACACCAUAACCCCAUGGAGUAUGUCACCCUAUACGACAUCGCGAACCAGACGUGGUACACGCAGCGGACGUCUGGGGAUGUUCCCACCUGGCGAAUGGCCGGCUGCAGUACCAUGGUGGCAGCGGCUGACCGGUCAUCGUUCUCCAUCUAUAUGUUUGGCGGGAUGGGCGAAACGACGGCAAAGUCCGACGGCGAUGUCUAUGUCCUCUCUCUGCCGUCAUUCAUCUGGAUCCGCGUCAACGAGGGCAGCAGUGUCCGGGAAAAGCACACAUGCAACAUCCUCGGAAAGCACACGAUGGUCGUGGUCGGGGGCACCAUUCCCACCGACAGCUCAGAGUACGAGCCGGAGCCGGCGAACUGUGAUUCGGGCGCAUUUGAGAACGGCAUCGCGAUCUUCGAUCUGCGGGAUCAUACCUGGCUCACCGACUACAACGCUGAGGACCAAGGCGAGUACACGCUCAAUUCGGUGAUUACCGAUGUCAUCGGUGGAAGCUCCACUGGCGGAGCCAACGUCACCCAACCCAAGUAUGGCUUCAACAACACGGCCCUGGCGACCAUGUUUGAAAAGGCGAUCAUCACCUCUACCGCCAACACAACUGCAGCAAAUGCCACGGCUGUUGCCACGUCGAUAUCGAACUCGACCUCAACAAGCAGCAGCAGCAGCAGCACAUCCAGCUCCAAGGGCGGCGCACUGUCCGCGGGCGCCAUCGCAGGUGUCACGGUUGGUGUAGUCGCCGGCGCAGCUGCCAUUGCGGGGCUGGUCUUCUUUUUAAUCAAGCGGAAGCGUUCCCAGGUGCAGGAAGACGCUGCAGUGGCUUACCCGUCGGCCCCGUCGCCUCAGGGCCGUUUUGCAGAGCUCACUGGCGGGCACGAGGGGUACGAGCUCGGAUUGGAGGCGAAGGCCAGCGAUGAUGCUCGACAGGCUAGCAAUAAAUGGUGGCAGAACACGCCGAAUAUCGCGGAGAUGGAUGGCGCGGUGAUGUACGAGAAGGAAUGAGGGCGUUUCAUUUCACUGG